AUGUCUCACUCAGAGCACCUCGACUUCGACCCUCGCCAGGAACUUCUCUCUACCAUGUCUUCUUUCAACCACCAAGCCCCCUCCUACUUUCAUGAUCAAGAUCCUUCCUACAUCCUGAUGGACACCAAAGCUCCUGUCGACUGGCAGGCUUCAAACAUGCAAAGCCAUCAUCCUCCAUCCUCUCCUCCUGCACAGGUGUCUAAUAACCCAUACGCCACCCAGCCUCCCUCGCAGACCUCUCAGGCAUCUCAGCUUGGCAGGACCGUGUUGAGAUCCCCAUUCAGUGGAAACGUGUUCUGGCAAUCCAUGGGAGACAGCUUUGCUACUAGCAGCAACACCACCAGCAGCCAAUUUGGAAGCGCCUACGUCCCCAUCCACCAUCAGUAUCCUUCUUCGUCUUCAAUCUACCAACCGUCUUCUGCCUAUGGCUCCAUGGUCCCAAGCACGAGUCUCUCAUCGACCUUCUCUCACAGUGCCCCAUCCCCUGGCAUGCCCAGGAUGCUUGCAGGCCACCACGCCCCAGAAACAGUGACCCCAAAUGCCCUCCAGGGGAGCACGCCCAUACACUAUCCUCACACCAGACCAGUGCAAAUCCCAACCCCGCAGCCAUACAGCAUCUUCAGCCACCGAGCCAGUGAACCCAGCCACUCUACCAGCAACGCUUCGCCAGACAGGACCACAAUGAUGAUGUUGUCCGCAGCCAGCAGCAGCGAGGACGUAGCCAUGAGCGGCCUCCCCUCGUACGACUCUGAGUUCUUGUCUUCGCCGUCACCAGUCACUGACGACGAACUCCUGGCUGAUACGGCCGACAUCUUGCGAGCCAGACAGCUUCUGAGGGCGCCCCGGUCGUCCGAUGCCGAGGCCAAGGAUGCCUUUCUUCUGCAAGCGAAGCGCCUCGGCCUGUCAUAUCGCGAGAUCAAACAGAGGGGCAACUUUAAAGAGGCAGAGUCCACACUGCGUGGUCGCUAUCGCACCAUCACCAAGGCUAAGCAGGAACGUGUUCGCAAGCCUGUUUGGAGAGCUGAAGAUCUCACAGCCAGAAGUGAAAGUGCCAUGGAAAAAGGUCUCUACGUUUAUAGCUGA